AUGGACAGUGGGGUGAGAAAUUGGUCGAAUAGACAUUAUAUGAUGAGCUUUCAUUUUGUAACACGGCUAAUAAGUGCAGAAACAAAACAUUACAUGUGUUUUUAUGCCACUGUUUGUUUUAUUAUACCACCAGUCCCUGACUUAGGUUGGGGGAGCAAUGGACUUUUUUUUAUUUGUAAUGUGCUUGCAUCAAGAACCAAAACGGAUUAA